AUGCUCGACCUGCAGACACAGCUCACCGCCCAUCUCACCUCAGCACAUUUGGAAUAUUUUCAUCGAUGGAUCAAGUGGAUUUUCAUGGAAUGGAAUGCGGCAAAAUCUGUGAGAGUGAAAAUUUCCGAUUUGUGGAAAAUUCCGUCAGAAAAACGCGAAGAAUUGGGACGUUGUUUGACUGAAAUGUGCUUGGUGGAAGAGCGAAAUUGUGAGGAUUCGAACGGAAAAGAAGAAGAAACUGCGCAAAUCCCGGGAAUUUCUGAUGUGGGCAUUGUGAAAUUUCAACGGAAGAGUGGCGAUUCACUGCAGACAACGUUCGCAAAAGGCGAUAUGCUAAUCGUUUCAACAGAGCAGAAUCUGGCUUGUGCAAUGGGGCCCGUGGAAUAUAUCGAUGAGAAGUGCAUUUGGCUGAGAGUAUCUGAAGACUUCCGUAAAUCUGGUCAGUUACAAUGCGUUUUGAUGGAGUUGUUCAAGUCACCUUGCCACCUACCUGUCUUCGCUCUCGAUGUGGGCGCAAGUCAACCGAUUUCCGUGUUAUUCUAUGCUGUUAUAUAA